CGAGACGAGAAUGAGAAACGAUAAGAACCGAUUGGGCAGUGUGACUUACACAUUGAAUAAGAAUAACUUCCUUUAUUUGAGAUGAGAGAACGCACACUGUUGAUGUUCACAUGCUCUUCCUCUCUGACGUUCUUGGGUUCAAGAAUUGAUUAUCCUGCAACAACACAGAAUGACGAUGAAGAUGUUCACGACUUUGCAUUUGUUGGUGGUGAAUUGUAAUUGAUUUGUUUCUCGCUUCAUGCCUGUGCGUCACAGAGUUACUUAUCGAUCUUCAACAUAAGUACUUUGAUAUUUUAUUUCGUUGUGGAAGAGCAUCAGCAGUUUUUCCCUAUGCAUGCAAUAAUUCCUCAUUUUUUCCCCAUCCCAUACGCAUGUCCAUUUUAUCCGUGUCGAUAUGUCCCCAAGAUCAACAUACUCGUAAUGGUAAUGUGAAUACAGCAAAUAUCGUAUUAUUCUUACAACAGUUGUCCCUUUGUCGCAGACGUGCGCUUGUUGUUGCAGCGUGUUAUAAGUUGUUAGAGUUUAUCAAAUAUGUACGCACACCUACCAUGCACUUGCACUUAUCUAUCCGAUCGUUUUUGUGGCAAUAAUGCUUACUUUGCAAAGAUGCACUUUGAUACUCACCUUGGGGACAAAAGUUAACCUAAGCGAGUCCAUCCUGCGCUUCUUGACUUAGAAGCCGUGGCAUUAAUCGAGCAUGGCACCUCUACCGCUUCCUCCUUUUUUCGCUACAGUGGGCAAACUUGUGGGCCCGAUAGCCUCGCGAUUCAUUGGACCGGCGCUCACGCGUUUUGGAGUCAAUCGCGUGUCGGCUGUAGCUCUUGCGCGGGUCUCAGCGCGGCUGGCGCCACUUUUCCGUCGAAGUGCUCUGGUAAUCGCGGAGCAAGCAAGGGAGCGAGUCUUCCUAAACGCUAGGGAUGUCCGCAGCGGUCUUUUAGACUACGAACGCCGGCGACUCAUUGCAGAGCGCGAACAAAGUGUACUUGGAGCCGGAGCGCCAUCGCGUUCAAGCAGAGGACCUAGGACGAACGCGGCUGGGCGAGCGGGGGUAUCCGGUAACGGAAUAUUAGGUUCUACAAGAAAUGACCUGGGACAUGAAGCCAGAACGAAAAGCAGCACCGAUCUCGUUGACCCCAUCGAUGAGAUGCGGUUAGAGGCGAAGCGAAGAAUAUCUGCGGCUUUCUCAGACACAGAUACGGAUAGGGUGUUGCGACGAAGUGGCGUCACUCUUGAUUCCUUGGCGAAAUACAACGAGUUUAUCCUAGCCCGAUAUCUGCCCGAACAAAAUGGCGUCACGGGGAGUGCGUCGAGUGAGGUGGAGAAGUCUCUUCUUUCGGUGCGCCGCUGGAUCAACAAGGCUGCGCGCGAUUACGUGUCUCCAGUUUACAGCGUUGCGCGGCUACCCGCGCGGUCCGGAUACGCCUCUGCCUCGCGAGGCGGUGUGCGUGCUGGGGAUCCGCAUCAGGACAACUGGCUUACACGCAUGUUGGUUCGCGGCGUCGGGCGACGCGGUCGAGAGGCGAAUCCAUUCAAUAUGAACGAGGUGCCGGAUACUGACCCACGGGGCUUAGAGCGGCUGGGUCGGUUCUGGGCCAACAUUUACUACGCGUCUCUGCUUUUCCCUGGUGCACUCGUGGGCUUGGUUGUCGUCAGCGCACUAGAAGAGCAGGAGGAAAAGUUUCCAGAUCAGACACGCAGGUGGCGUCUGUGUCUAGUCUCACCCGAGCAAGAGCGCGAAUUAGGAAGUGAGGGCGCAUCGAUUUUGCGGCAGAAUCACAGCGCAACCCUCCUGCCCUACACGCACCCUUUGCACAAGGAAAUCGAGAUAUUGGUCCGCAAGCUUUUGCAUCAAAACUGUCUGCCUAGGAACAGCUGGAAAGUACUCUCUAAUAUUGUGUUUAUGCUAGUACAUAGUGCCCCCAAGAAUUCGCAUUUCUUGUAUUUGUAAAUACACACUCGCUCAUCCUUUUACAACGAGGAGAAAUGGAGCUGAAAGUCAUUUGUCUCUGCUGUUGAAUGAUGGAUGGUGAAUAACAAGCAUAGUUGUUGAUUAACUUCACUUACUUCGUUGAUUCGUUAUUUCCAGGAACCUGCACCAGUAUGGCGUGUCCACGUAGUCAAGGAUCCAGAUAUUUGCAACGCUAUGGUUCUACCAGACGGCAGCAUUUUUGUCUACACUGGAUUGCUCGAGCGAUGCUAUAGUGAAGAUGAGGUUGCCACUGUGUUGGGGCAUGAGAUUUCUCAUGUCCUUUUACGGCAUGGUGCUGAGCAGCUCUCGAGUGCGGAAGUGCUUUCUGUGCCGGGUCAUUUUCUGCAGGUCUGUUCCCUGUUGGCCGGGGGUUUGUCCUAUGUUUUGUUGAGUAGCUCUGUACAAAACAUGGUUGGCGGCUUGUUGCUAGAACUCCCGCAGUCGCGCUUCUGCGAGCAAGAAGCCGACGAGCUGGGAUUGCGUAUAUCGACGCUGGCGGGCUACGAUCCCCUUGCUGCGCCAAAGCUUUGGGCCCGGAUGGGUGAUAGCGCUAGCCCUCUGGCGACAGACGAGGAGGCCUCAAGAAAACGCGGGAAGAACAAUGAGCUGCGGGACUACGUCAAAGACCGCCUAGCGCAAGUCGAGACCCAAAAAGGAGCAUGCACUUUCACGAGCAAGGCUAUAUUGCCUGAUCAGAGCUCUUCGGUUUCUGGUUCUGUGCCAGGCCUGUUGGGUUUUGUCUUUCCGAGCCGAGGCCAGAUGUACAUGGGUCAUUCAGGAUCAGGAGGGGACGGCGCAUCCCAGGCGAGUUUUUACGACUUCGGAUCGAGCCCGGUUGUUGCGUCAACAAAUCAUGGCAGGACAGAGUCGACGAGAAGAAAAACUUCUGCUGGGUCUGAAAAUGAUACGGCCUUGCGUGGCUUGACGUUUUUCCCUUCUUCGGCGUCAGCAAUAUCAAGGUCUUCUACUAGAGAAACAGAUGAUGCCGUCCCUUCAUCUAGACCGAAUCGGCGUGCAGUUGUAGACGCUUUACGCCUUUUGCAUCCGCAUUUCACGACUGCUUUCCUGACGGACGUGGGCCUCUUGACAGAAGACACUGAAAUAAAUUAUGGCGCAGACCUUCGACUACGACUCAGAGUACCGCAAUCUCAAUUACACCCACCCGGCAUUUCAACCUCCUCUACCUCGUCUUCCAGUAGCUCCUCAUCCGGUUCCGGACCGUCGCCACAGCCAUGCGGAUGUUACGGACCAUCGACAUCAACAGGUCUAUCGUGUGGGCGUGCACGUAUUUCCAAAUCCUCUACUCCCUCCUUCGCGACAGUUCCGACUGAAUGGUUUUCAACACAUCCAAGUUACGAAAGUCGGGUUACGAACCUCCUUGACGAAGCCCUGUAUCUACGAGAGCACCCGAUGUACCAGCGGCCGGGCGCUUGGUAUCAAGAUGAAGAACAAGGUGGCGGUUACAGCGAUUGGUAUUUCGGAGGUCGUCCAUCGGGUUCCCAAGAACGUCGUAGAGAAGCAGUCAUGGCCAAUGGUGAUGGCACAGAAAGUCGUGGUCCUGCUAGUGAGCGAGCUAUAUCUCUCCGGAAUUUGUUGGGACAGCUCGAAGCGGGCCUUCCGCGAUAUGGCGGAACGCGGAAGCCACGCGAUUUGGAAGAGUGGUGCGAGGAGUUGAGACGCGAGACCGAUGCACAGCGUAGAGGGCAGGCCAUCUCGUCUCCUUUGUCGCACGCGCCUCCACCACCACCGGCAGCUGUGUGA